GAUCCCAUUUGUCCUCCACGCUUUCUUCUUUUCUUCUCUCUUUCCUCCUUCAGCAUUCUUCUUCUUUUCUUAACACAGCUCAACCACUUCUUCUUUUCUUGUCAAAACCCCAAGAUUCCCUUUUUGUCUCUUUAUUUUAACUCUUCACCUAUCUUUAAUAAAAAAAACAAAACUUUAUUUCAUACAGAUUUGUGGGUGUUCUUUGUUUUUUGUUAAAUCGACAGUAUGGUAAGUGAAUUAAUGGCCUGAAGUGGAUUCUUGAAAAAUGAGUAAAGGAAAUUGAAUAGUGAAAAUAUAGAAACAAAUAUGAGAACCCUUUGUGAUGUUUGUGAAAGUGCAGCCGCAAUACUUUUCUGUGCUGCUGAUGAGGCGGCUCUCUGCCGUUCUUGUGACGAAAAGGUCCAUAUGUGCAACAAGCUUGCAAGUCGACAUGUAAGAGUUGGGCUAGCUGACCCCAGUAAAAUCCAGCGUUGCGACAUAUGUGAAAAUGCACCUGCUUUCUUUUAUUGUGAGAUCGAUGGAAGUUCCCUUUGUUUGCAAUGUGAUAUGAUUGUCCAUGUUGGAGGUAAACGAACCCAUGGAAGAUAUCUCCUUAUAAGGCAGAGGAUUGAGUUUCCAGGGGAUAAAUUGGGCCCUUCAAAUGAGCUAGGAUUGCCAUCUACUGAACAAGGUGAUGUAAGGAGGGAGCCUGCACAGCCCUUUAAGCUCCCUAUGAUAGACAAUCACCAACCAAACAGGGAGACUGCUAUGGCAGCAGUAGAAAAUAACGUGAAUAAUAGCGUGAAAAUGGAGAAUGAGUUGAUUGACCUUAAUUCCAGACCUCAUAGGAUGCAUGGUCAAACGUCAAAUAAUCAGGAACAAGGAAUGGACAUGCUUGGUGGUAGCAAUCAUGAGUCAGUCGGUGUGGUACCUGAUGGACCCUUCAAAAGAGAACCGGAGAAGUGAUCAAGAUGUGAGCUGCUGCCAUUCCAAAUUUCAAACUUGAAUUAUGAAUUGGAGUUGCCCGCCCCAGCUGAGUUCUAUGCAAUGUCAAAGCUUUAAGAGAAGCUUUUGAACUAGCCGGGACCAAGUUGAGGUAUUUCUUGAGUGAAGAGCUCUCUGAAGUUCAUUAUUCAACCACUUCAUGCAUAUACUUUGAGAAGAGGAUCAGAAAGAAAUUCUGCCAUCUCGCUUUGGAGAGAGGAUAAGGCUGCAGUCACCACAUUUGCCUCUGUAAUUUCCUGUAAUGAGUAAUGAGAAAAAACAAUCUUUACAGAUUCAAGAUGAACUAUGUAGCAGUGACAUUCAUUUAUUGUUGUUUU